AUGGCAGAGGCACCAAACUUGGAAACUAGGUGGAGUACCUCAGUCUCUCUCACAAACCCGAAACACCGGACAAAGCGAAGCAACAACAGUGAGUUGAAUCGGGCGAAUGAUGGCGUUAAGAGAAGCAAAAACAGUAAUAGUAGUAAUGCUAAUAGAAAGCAUCCAGUUUACAGAGGAGUGCGAAUCCGGGCAUGGGGAAAAUGGGUAUCGGAGAUCCGAGAGCCCAAGAAGAAGUCUCGGAUCUGGCUCGGGACUUUCGACACCCCGGAAAUGGCGGCCAGAGCACACGAUGUCGCCGCCAUCGCCAUCAAGGGUGGUGCCGCCAUUCUAAAUUUUCCAGAGAUAUCCCACUUGCUGCCUCGCCCCGCCACUUCUUCUCCACGUGAUGUCCAGGCCGCUGCCACCAAGGCCGCCAACAUGGACAAUCUCUGCACACCGUCAUCAUCGUUGUCGUCGUCGUCAUCGUCAUCGUCAUCAUUUUCAUCCUUGGUAAAUUCAUCGUCAGAAGAUGUGAUGACGUUAAAUGAAGAGGUGCAAACCCAAGAGGAGCUAAGCCAGAUAGUCGAGCUGCCGAGUCUAGAUCCGAGUUAUGACUACGAUUUGGUGUUCGGAGAAUAUUCGGAGUGGGACUAUAAUCAACCAUGGUUGCAUAGUUUACAAGAUUGUGGAUUUUUUGAAGAAAACAUGAUUGAGAAUAUCAUAUCUGAUAGUUAUGAAGGCCUUUUAUGGUAG